AAGACUGUAGCAGCUCAUUACUCAAGGCUCCCCGUCUCUCCCUUUUUACCAUUUACAUGAGUUUUCUUGUCCGCGCUCCUUGAUCUCUCUCUUUGUCACGAUCAAAACCGAAAUCUUCUUCAGAUGUUCUCCCAUUUUUCAUAGUUCUCAACAGUGGUAGGUGAAAUCGAGGGCGAGAUCCAUGGAGUGGACGACGGUGCAUCAUCUGGAUCUGCGCCACGUGGGACGGGGCCUGAAGCCCCUGCAGCCCCACGCGGCGUCUUUUCAUCCCCAUCAAGCACUUGUUGCCGUCGCCAUUGGAAACUUCAUCAUCGAAUUUGAUGCGUUGACUGGAAGUAUGAUCUCUUCUAUUGACAUUGGGGCACCUGUUGUACGUAUGUCUUACAGUCCUACAAGUGGGCAUGCUGUGAUUGCCAUCCUUGAGGAUUGUACAAUUCGUUCUUGUGAUUUUGAUGCUGAGCAAACUUGCGUGUUGCAUUCUCCUGAAAAGAAGAUGGAACAGAUUUCUCCGGAUACUGAAGUCCAUCUUGCUUUGACACCUCUCCAACCUGUUGUGUUUUUUGGAUUUCACAAAAGGAUGAGUGUGACGGUUGUGGGAACUAUUGAAGGAGGAAGGGCACCAACAAAAAUUAAGACAGACUUGAAGAAACCUAUUGUCAAUCUUGCCUGCCAUCCUCGCCUCCCUGUUUUGUAUGUGGCUUACGCAGAUGGUUUGAUUCGGGCAUACAACAUUCAUACCUAUGCUGUUCAUUACACACUACAAUUUGACAACACUAUAAAACUCAUUGGUGCUGGUGCGUUUGCUUUUCAUCCAACAUUGGAAUGGGUUUUUGUUGGUGAUCGACGGGGCACACUUUUGGCAUGGGACGUGUCAAUUGAGAGACCUAGUAUGAUUGGAAUUAUACAAGUGGGUUCCCAACCGAUAACAGCAGUUGCUUGGCUCCCAAUGUUGCGGUUACUUGUGACUCUUUCCAAGGAUGGAACUCUUCAAGUGUGGAAAACACGAGUUACACUUAAUCCUAAUAGACCUCCAAUGCAAGCAAAUUUUUUUGAGCCUGCUGGGAUCAAAGCAAUUGAUAUUCCUCUCAUCCUUUCUCAGCAGGGUGGAGAAACAGUUUAUCCCUUACCACACAUCAAAACAUUAGAAGUUCACCCAAAACUUAAUUUAGCAGCAUUGCUGUUUGCAAAUUUGACAGGUGGAAACAAUUUGAAAAAUAGGGCUGCGUACACGAGAGAAGGAAGGAAACAACUCUUUGCAGUUUUACAAAGUGCAAGGGGAUCGUCAGCUUCUGUUUUGAGGGAAAAGCUUUCAUCUUUGGGUGCAUCUGGAAUAUUAGCUGAUCAUCAACUUCAAGCACAACUGCAAGAACAUUAUCUCAAAGGCCAUAGUCAGCUUACAAUGACAGACAUCGCUCGAAAGGCUUUUCUCUACAGUCAUUUCAUGGAAGGUCAUGCAAAAAAUGCUCCCAUAUCUCGGCUGCCACUCAUCACUAUUUUGGACUCCAAUCAUCAUCUGAAAGACAUUCCAGUUUGCCAGCCAUUUCAUUUGGAGCUAAAUUUCUUCAAUAAAGAGAACCGAGUUCUCCAGUAUCCUGUCAGGGCAUUUUAUGUGGAUGGCAUACAGCUUAUGGCAUAUAAUCUAUCUUCUGAAACAGAUAGUAUCUACAAGAAACUUUAUACGGUUCCUGGACAUGUGGAGUACCAUCCAAAGCGUAUGCUUUACAGUAAAAAGCAGCAUCUAUUUCUUGUCGUUUAUGAAUUCAGUGGUGCAACAAAUGAAGUUGUGCUAUAUUGGGAGUAUACUGAUUCCGUAGCAAACAGCAAAUCUAGCACAGUCAAAGGUCGAGAUGCUGCAUUUAUUGGCCCCAAUGACAAUCAGUUUGCAAUUCUUGAUGAUGACAAGACUGGGCUGGCUUUGUAUAUUCUACCGGGAUCGGUUUCACAAGAAGCUAAUGAAAAGAAUGUUGCAAUUGAAGAGAGCAAACCUGCAGAUGCUAGUAGUGGUUCUAUUCGGGGCCCGAUGCAGUUUAUGUUUGAUGAUGAAGUUGAUCACAUCUUUUCUACUCCAUUAGAGUCUACUUUAAUGUUUGCUUCACAUGGGAAUCAGAUCGGCUUGGCAAAGCUGGUUCAAGGAUACCGCCUUUCAACUACUGAUGGUCAUUAUAUAUCUACAAAAACUGAAGGGAAAAAGUCAAUCAAGUUGAAAGUAAAUGAGAUUGUACUUCAGGUCCACUGGCAAGAAACUCUUAGAGGCUAUGUUGCUGGAGUUUUAACUACAAAAAGGGUGCUUAUAGUUUCGGCAGAUCUUGAGAUACUUGCAAGCACUUCAUCAAAAUUCGAUAAAGGACUUCCUACAUUUAGAUCCCUUUUAUGGGUUGGGCCAGCACUUCUUUUUUCUACUGCCACUGCAAUUAGUGUGCUUGGCUGGGAUGGAAAGGCGAGAACCAUUCUCUCCAUCAGUAUGCCUUAUGCCGUUCUAGUUGGUGCUUUGAAUGAUCGAUUGUUGCUCGCUAACCCAACAGAAAUAAAUCCCAGACAGAAGAAAGGUAUUGAGAUCAAGAGCUGCCUUGUUGGGCUUCUUGAACCUCUUCUCAUUGGAUUUUCCACCAUGCAAGAAAGUUUUGAGCAGAAGCUUGACCUGUCAGAAAUAUUGUACCAAAUAACAUCAAGGUUUGAUAGCUUGCGUAUUACACCAAGGUCUCUUGAUAUUCUUGCUAGAGGUUCUCCUGUUUGUGGAGAUCUUGCUGUGUCACUGUCCCAAGCAGGCCCACAGUUCACUCAGGUGUCGCGUGGUGUCUAUGCUAUCAAAGCUCUCCGAUUUUCUACUGCUUUAUCUGUUUUGAAAGAUGAGUUCUUACGUUCUAGAGAUUAUCCAAGAUGUCCUCCAACCUCUCAUUUGUUCCACCGGUUCAGGCAGUUGGGCUACGCUUGUAUCAAAUUUGGUCAAUUUGACAGUGCAAAAGAAACUUUUGAGGUUAUAGCAGACUACGAAAGCAUGCUUGAUUUGUUUAUAUGCCACCUUAACCCUAGUGCUAUGCGGCGUCUUGCUCAAAAGUUGGAAGAGGAUGGCACUGAUUCAGAAUUGAGGAGAUACUGCGAAAGGAUUCUGAGAGUCCGCUCUACUGGAUGGACGCAAGGCAUAUUUGCCAACUUUGCAGCUGAAAGUAUGGUUCCCAAAGGCCCUGAAUGGGGUGGUGGGAAUUGGGAAAUCAAAACCCCAACUAACCUGAGGAGUAUACCUCAGUGGGAGUUGGCUGAGAAAGUGAUGCCAUACAUGAAGACUGAUGAUGGUCCUAUCCCAUCCAUUAUUACAGAUCAUAUUGGUGUUUAUGUGGGUUCAAUUAAAGGAAGAGGUAACAUAGUAGAAGUAAGGGACGGCAGCUUGGUCAAAGCUUUUACACCUGUAGGUAGUGACAAGCCAAAUGGUCUUCAAAUGCCUUCAGUUAAUUCUCGUAAGUCCAAUGGAGUGCCUGAUGGUAACUCCAAGGCUGAUUCCUUGCUAGGUCUGGAAUCCCUUGGCAAACAAUUUGCAAGUCCUACUAUUGCAGACGAACAGGCUAAAGCAGCAGAAGAAUUUAAAAAGUCAAUGUAUGGUGCUCCUGCUGAUGGCAGCAGCAGUGAUGAGGAGGGGGCAUCAAAAACUAAAAAGAUACAUAUCAGAAUUCGUGACAAGCCAAUUGCCUCUACUACGGUGGAUGUGAAUAAAAUUAAAGAAGCCACAAAACAGUUAAAACUUGCCGAAGGGUUGGGUCCACCCAUAAGUAGGACCAAGUCAUUAAGUGGUGGAUCUCAAGACCUUGGCCAGCUUUUAUUCCAACCUUCUGCUACCGGUGGAAAUUUGACUGCAACUGCUUCGUCUGCCGCUGGUGACCCGUUUGGCACUAACUCAUUGACACAGUCUGCAACAGUAUCUCAGCCAGCUUCUUUGGCCGUGGGUAUGGGGGUUACAACUGGACCCAUUCCAGAGGACUUUUUCCAGAAUACAAUACCUUCCCUACAGGUUGCAGCCUCACUGCCUCCUCCUGGAACUUAUCUUUCUAAAUUGGAUCAAGCUUCUCAAGGUAUCGAAAACAAGGUAACACCUAACCGGAUAAAUGCAUCUGAAGCUGAUAUUAGUUUUCCUGAUGGUGGUGUUCCUCCUCAAUCUACCCAACAACCUGCCGUUCCAUUUGAGUCCAUUGGACUUCCUGAUGGUGGUGUACCCCCACAACCCUUGGGUCAAGCGGCUGCAGCCACUCAGGUCCCACUUUCGACACAACCUCUUGAUCUUAGUGUCCUUGGAGUUCCAAGCUCUGCAGAUUCAGAAAAACCUCCUGUCCCUUCUGCCUCUCCCCCAUCUUCUGUACGUCCUGGACAGGUUCCUCGUGGGGCAGCUGCUUCUGUUUGUUUCAAGACUGGACUUGCACAUCUUGAGCAGAAUCAACUUUCAGAUGCAUUAUCUUGUUUUGAUGAAGCUUUUCUUGCACUGGCUAAGGAUCAAUCUCGUGGAGCUGAUAUUAAAGCUCAAGCAACCAUAUGUGCUCAGUACAAGAUAGCGGUUACUCUUCUUCAGGAAAUUGGGCGGUUAUCAAAGGUCCAAGGCCCAAGUGCAAUCAGUGCUAAGGAUGAGAUGGCAAGACUGUCACGUCAUUUAGGUUCGUUGCCUCUUCUGGCAAAACACCGCAUAAAUUGUAUCCGAACUGCCAUUAAACGAAACAUUGAGGUGCAGAAUUAUGCUUAUUCGAAGCAGAUGCUAGAACUUCUUUUGUCUAAGGCACCUCCAAGUAAGCAGGAUGAAUUGAGGAGCCUGAUUGACAUGUGUAUCCUAAGGGGUUUGUCCAAUAAGUCCAUCGAUCCAUUGGAGGAUCCCUCCCAAUUCUGUGCUGCCACACUCAGCCGGCUUUCAACUAUUGGAUAUGAUGUUUGUGAUCUCUGCGGAGCAAAAUUUUCAGCUCUCAGCGCACCUGGAUGCAUUAUCUGUGGUAUGGGAAGCAUUAAGAGAUCAGAUGCACUUGCAGGGCCAGGGCCUGUUCCUUCACCAUUUGGCUGAGGUCCUAACACACCCGGUUAAUUUGCUGCUCUAAACUAUGGACAACUUUGGGAUUUAAAACCAUAACGUUCCAGGGUUCUUCCACUUAAAAGGAUCCUGCUACUGGGUGCCCUUCAGCUUGGUUCCGAAUUACUUAUUGAAAGAGAGUAGUUACAGUACGUACAUAAUGUAUCAUUAACAUGUUUGCAUUUGAGUUUUGUGUAUUCCUUUUUUUUUUUUUUUAUAUAAAUAUAAUUGCCUUGAUACACAUUGUUUGUUGUUGUAUUAUCCCUCUAUAUGAGGUCGUCAUGGCAAAUCAUUGACAUUGCUGUUUUCCAAUUUUGUAGAGAUAUGACACUAUACACCCUAUUUUGUGAUAACCUUGCAUAGGCAUCAAAGUGAGUUAUUGGUGUUUCA